UUGAAAUGGAUUUAUCACAAUUGGACUUGAUUUCACAACACGAAGAUGAUUGUUCAUUGACACAUAUUGAACUUGAUGAUGUUGUGCCCAUCGAAAUGGACCCUCAAAAUGAUGGAAAUGAAAUUGUUGCUAAUGACCAAUUGAAUGAUGGUGUGGAUAAUUGUCGGUCCAAGGCCAAGCUCAUAGAUGGAGAUAAAGUUGUUGAGGAGCCUAAGAGCGGUAUGCUAUUUGGCUCCAUAGAGGAAGUCGUUGACUAUUAUAGGAAUUAUGGAAAGCAAGCGGGCUUUGGUGUGACACAAAAGAAGAAGAAAAAGUAUGAAAAUGGAGAUGUACACUACAUCAGUCUGACAUGUGCUCGCGGAGGCAAAGCAUCAUCCAGUUCAAGUAAUAACCUGUGCAAGGCUAGCAAAACAAGCAAAACGGGGUGUCAGGCUACUUUGAAUGCAACGUUAGUGGAUACAUCGUGGUAUGUGACAAAUGUAAAUCUAGGGCAUAAUCACGACUUAAGCCCAGGUAAAGCGAGAUACUUUCGGUGCAACAAGAAGUUGGAUCCUGCUACGAAGAGAAAGCUUGAUAUAGAUGAUAGAGCUGGAAUCCGCACCAAUAAAAUUUAUAACGCACUAGCCGUUGAAGCGGGGGGUUAUGAGAAUCUUACAUUUGGAGAGAGAGAGUGUCGCAAUUAUAUUGCGAACUCAAGACGCCUUCGCCUUGGUACAGGAGGUGCCGCAGCACUUCGUGACUAUUUCAAUAGAAUGCGGAACAUUUUGGUGAUGUGGUUACAUUUGACACAACAUACUUAA